GCCUCCCACGGGCUCCCGCCAAACAACGAGGAAAAAGAAAAAAAAACCACGUUUUAGAGAGAGAAACCGCGGAAAAAGCUCUCAGCAUUGAUCCCGAGAGAGAGAGAAAGAAAGAGAGGAAGGUACGGAAGAGCUUUAGAUAGAGAGAGAGGGACUCGAGGGUGUUUUCUGUUCUUAUUUGCAACUGUAAAAGCAGCUCUGCUUUUUCAUGGCAAUGGUGGAUUUUGCUGCAUUUUUGUGCGGCUGAUCUCUGGUAUUUUUCUUUUUGGCCCUAGUAUUCUGAUUUUCGGUAGCAGAAGGAGAGGACUCAAUGUGGUUACUGGUAUGGUCUGAUCUUGAUGGAAUUUAGCUCUUCUUUUUCUCUUUUUGAUAGGCACAAACUCUGUUCUCGUUUUCUCCAAAGAAUUAGACUCUUUUAUUCUGAGAGUGGUGCAGGUCUAAGCAUCUGUGGCCGAUCUGAAGUUCUGUACUUAAAAUAACAUGGGGAAUGGCGGCUUAUUUCCAUCGAUUGGGGAUUUCGAUGGUAAUAAUUCAUAUUUAUUUCCUAUGGAUAUACUAUUGUCGCAAGGGCUUGGAGAUCAGUUCUGGUCAGAGAUUAGUUCAUUCGUCGACAUUUCUCAUAAUUCCUGUCAUUUUAAAGUUCCUGGAAGUCUAGCCAUACAAGAAGCAUUAACUCGUAUUUCUAAGUUUGCUGGGGCUUUACUUCUCUCAUUGUCAAGAGGCUCAAAUUCCAGUUCAAACCGCAAACUGUCAGGCCCUUCACAUGGUUCUAAGCAUAUAAAUUUGCGAUCUAAUACAAAACUUGAGCAUACUACAUCUUUUGGAGGGAAGCUUGCUCGCUUUCAAUCUCGUUCUAGACUAGUAGAGUCUGGCCAUCGAUUUUUUGGCAAAAUCGCCAGCUGUUCCUUAAAGCAUCUGUGGAAUGAUAUGGAGCAGCUUCGAGCUUUUCCUAUAAUGUCAAUAGCUGCUGCUAUUGUGCCACCUGUUGAUUAUCUGUCUGUGAACAAGGUCCUACCCAUCCCAUUGGAUAGCACCCACGGAGAGGACUAUGCAACUGAUCAAUUGCAAUGUGAAGUUGGUCAGCAUUUGGGAAGCAGUGUUUUCUCCAUCCCGAAGAGAAAUUGGACAUGUGUAAACAAUGCAGUUGAACCAAGAACUGGGAUAAAGUUUCCUUUGUUUCUGGAGAACAUUUUAUCUGUGAACAAUAACUCCAGCUGGAGUCCAUUGGUGCUGGUUGGCAUUGGCUCUAGGAGUAUGAAGAUUAUCAAAUUUAAAUCUUUGAAGGUGUAUGCAUUCGGCUUAUAUGUUCACCCUGAUUGUGUGUGUAAGAAAUUGGCUCCAAAGUAUGCUUCUGUGCCAAUUGAUGAACUGAAGAAUCGGGAGGACUUUCUUGAUGAUCUUUUGAGGGAGGAUAUACACAUGACCAUCAGACUUGUGGUAAAUUGCAGAGGACUCAAGAUAAAUACUGUGAGGGAUGCUUUUGAGCAAUCUCUUCGAAAUCGCUUGCUAAAGAUGAACCCAGAAGCUGACAAUGGAUGUUUGGCUGCAUUUGGAUCUUGUUUCGCGCCUGAUAUUCCAUUAUCUGUGGGUACGACGAUUGAUUUUCAACAAACACCUCAGGGUCAGCUGAUUACAGAGAUUGGUGGUAAGCAACUUGGGGCAGUCCAGAGCAAGGAUCUCUGCAAGGCAUUCUUCUCCAUGUACAUUGGGGAAUUACCAGUAUCUGUGCAGGCAAAGCAGGAAAUCAGUAAUAACAUUGCCGACAUGAUCAAGCGAUUCUAAGAUGAAAGAAAAGGACGCACACUCGAGAGUUCUGGUAUUAAUCGAUCAGAGAAAAUUUUGAGACAAGGAAAAAGGAUAAGAUGGGGAAAUUUCCCAUUUUGACGCUGUCCAAACCAUAUUGGAAUGGUCAUCUUAGGGUAUCUGUAUAACCAGAGUCCCAUUUUUUGAAGGAAGAAGCUGGUCUUCUAUGUCUAUAUUUGUCUGGUCUUCUUUUAUAUGUAUAUCUGUUUAUGUGUUUGAAUAUUUGAUACAUUGUUAGCAUGGGAAUUGGUGAAAUGAGAGGUUGUGAGGGCUGAUCGGUGCCUUUGUUUAUUA